AUGAAAAUAAAAAUGACGUUUCCGGACAGUUUUGCUUUGUUAUCGUCCCGAAUAAUUUCUACAUUUUUAACGAGGAGAAAUUUUUUGUGUUCAAGUGCAGGCAGAUUUCACAUGGAUAUUAAAGAUGAAGCCAGAUCAACCAUGGAAGUUGUUAAUGUUCCCCCAAUCAUUUCCAUUUACCGGCAAGCGUUGCACACUUUUGAUAAUAAAUUUAAAAAGGACCUCUCUACCAACUUGGGAAAAUUAAAGGGUAUGAUGGAUCGAUUAAAAGCUGAAAACUUUAGCUUCGAUCAUACGCUAGAUGAUCCAGCGACUUGGAAAAAACCGAAUAAAGCGCCGUGUACGUACAUCGAAGUGUUUCAAAACAGCUUAGUAAACAUGAGUAUAUUUGUGUUAAAACCUGGAUUUAGAAUGCCGUUACACGAUCACCCUCACAUGUACGGGUUGUUAAAAGUAAUAUCGGGAGCGGUACGCAUACGAAGCUUCACUGAAUAUCCCGUAACAGAAUCGAUAAACGCCUUUGAUUUCGCUAUCCGCGUAAAACACGAAGCAGCACGUUUAACUCAGGGCAUUCACAAACGAAGAAGAUUCUUUGCUAAAAUAUCACAAGAUAACAUAUGUCAAGAAGACUCUCAAACCUGUGUCCUGACUCCAACUAUUUCUAACUAUCAUGAAAUUGAGGCUUUAAAUAUGCCAGCAGCUUUCUUUGAUAUAUUGUCACCACCCUACGACACAUUAAUAGAAGAAGUAGGUCCAAGGAGAUGUAGAUAUUAUUAUGUAGCCAAUGAAAUAAGCACCAAUGUGGUUGAACUACAAGAAACGAGUGUUCCGGAAUGUUUUUAUUGUGAUCAAGCUCCCUACCUAGGUCCAGUGCUCGUAUAA